AUGGACAAGUAUUUCUCAUCAAGUGCUAGAUCUGAGAAAAAAGCUCAAUUCCUCAGACUUUACCAAGGUAAUAUGACUAUCUCUGAGUAUGCUGACAAAUUUAACUCACUAGCCAAAUAUUUCCGCUAUUUUCGUGACCAUGUGGAUGAGAACUAUAAGUGUGAGAGGUUUGAGCAAGGACUCAGAUAUGAGAUUAAGGAAUCUGUGGAGCCCUUGGAGAUUCGUCAAUUCCAAGUGCUAGUGGAGAAAUGUAAAAAGGUGGAGCGGAUGAAGCAAGGACGUCCGAAUAGAUGGGUUGCUGGAGGAUCGUCUAGACACCAGGGACAUCAUGACCGCAAUAAAAGGGGAAAGCAACAACAACCAUACACCCGACCUCAAAGGAAUGGAAGAGACCAUCCUCAAACGCAGUUCAAGGGAGGUCAGAGACCACAAAAUUCAAGUAGUAUUCGCUGCUACAACUGUAAUAAGGAGGGACAUCGACCGGGGCAUUUUGCUAGGGAUUGUCGAGCACCAAGUAGAGAUCAUGUUCCAUCUACCAACAACAAUAAGAAUGAUAUUUGCCCUACUGCUAAGGGACGUGUUUAUCACAUUGGAGAAGAGGAAGCUUUGAAUGCCUCAGGAUUAAUCCAGGGCGAGUGUGAAAUUGCAGACAAACUAUUUCUAAUAUUAUUUGAUUCUUCUGGUGCUACUCAUUCUUUCAUCUCUAUGGAGUGUGCAAAUUAUGUACAACUACUUGUUACUUCACUACCUUUUGAUUUGGUGGUCACAAUACCAUCUUCUCAACCUGUAAUACUUAAUGAAGCUUGCUUAGAAUGCCCCUUAACUAUCUUGGGCAUAAAAUUCAAAGUCGACCUGGUUUGUAUUCCCCUAAAACAUAUGGGAGUGAUCCUUGGGAUGGACUGGUUAUCUAGUCAUCAUGUUCUUUUGGAUUGUGCUCGAAAGUCUAUAAUCUUUCCAGACCCCGAUGUUUCUCGAUUUCUAAAUAGCAACCGAUUGAAAAUUUCUUUGAAGGGAGGCAUCCAGAAGUAUGUGUUCUUAAAUUAUGUCAGCAUGAAUCCAUAA